CGUGGAGUACGGAAGGCGUCUCAACCACCACGGCAGGGAUAAGGUAACGGCCCACACACACACUGCGACCGACGGCAUAAAUUGCAUUAGGGACCCUUCCAAGCAGACCGGUGAUGGCAUGCUUACGCACCCCUGCAAGGAAAGCUACACAGAAAAGGUCGAUCAGUGCGGAGGGGGAAGAGAGGCAUGAAUUCAAAGCUGCAAAGCCUGCUGCCGCGAGCCACGGACGCCAUCACUGCGCGUAUCAGUGGGUAUGCGGCACGGCGUGGCGGGAUCGAAGGGAUAGAACGUUUCGAGUACGAAAAGAGUGAUCGCUCUCAUGCGUGGCAGAUCGCGAUGACCCGCAGACAGCUGCGCUGGCGUUAAGCUACUGAGGUAUCUUCGACGUGUGCUGAGCUCGCCGUAGUUCAUGAGUCCGGAGACUGCUACUGCAGACGGCGACACAGCGUUUUUGAUGUUCAAGACGGCCACAGUCGCUGCUGAAAGUGAUGUUCAUGGUCAAGCAGACGCUUACCAUUCGAUUUUGGUGGAAAUGUACGCACGCCUCAUCCGCCGCCAGCUCUUCGGCCCGCGAACUUAGGGAUCGUAGCCCGGAAUGUGAUGGAGGCUCUCAUGGCACGUUGAAACCAAAUCGAGUCUGGGAAUACUGCAUUUGAGACAUCUAUAGAAUAAGUCUCUAAGUACUCUGCCAGUGCCUCUCC